AUGAGAGACUCGAGUUUACAGCUGCAUUCAAAUGUCCAAUCAGAGAUUUGUCUCAUUUUGCCGCUUUUGCCUUUCGAGCUACUUGGCUGUAUCUUUGCUGGACGAAUCCGAGAGUUCUAUUCUCUGAACCACCUUCGUGCCCGCGCCUAA